ACCUCUCUCUCUCUCUCUCUACACUUCGACUUUCCUUCCUGCGGAAUCCUCAAUCUCCAAGUUGAACCCAUGGCGAAACCCUCGAAGGCGAAGGACUCGUCGGACGAGGCUCUAUCCAACGGCUCAAAUUCGUCGGAGGAAGAGCAAAUCGACGGUCAGGUCAACGAUGAGGAGGACGAGGAAGAGCUGGAGGCCGUCGCGAGGAGUGCCGAUUCCGAUGAUGAAGAGAACGACGCCGCCGGUGAAAACCAGGACGAUGAGGACAACGAGGAUGAAAAUGUAGCAGCUGGUGAAAUUGGGAAACGUGAGAGGGCCAGGCUAAAGGAGAUGCAGAAGAUGAAGAAACAAAAGAUACAAGAAAUAUUGGAUGAACAAAAUGCUGCUAUUGAUGCUGAUAUGAACAACAAGGGAAAGGGUAGAUUGAAGUAUCUCUUGCAGCAGACAGAGUUAUUUGCUCAUUUUGCUAAAGGUGAUCAAUCUGCAUCUCAAAAGAAGUCAAAGGGAAGGGGUCGCCAUGCAUCAAAGGUAACUGAAGAGGAAGAAGAUGAAGAAUGCCUCAAGGAGGAAGAAGAUGGCCUUUCUGGAACAGGAAACACACGACUGGUGGCACAACCCUCUUGUAUUCAGGGAAAGAUGAGGGAUUACCAACUUGCUGGCUUGAACUGGCUCAUACGGCUGUAUGAGAAUGGUAUAAAUGGAAUCCUUGCAGAUGAAAUGGGGCUUGGUAAAACAUUGCAAACCAUCUCUUUACUGGGCUAUCUGCAGGAAUUUAGGGGAAUUACAGGUCCUCAUAUGGUUGUUGCUCCAAAAUCUACACUUGGUAACUGGAUGAAUGAAAUUCGCCGUUUUUGUCCAAUUCUGCGUGCUGUAAAAUUUCUCGGAAAUCCUGAUGAAAGGAGAUAUAUACGUGAUGAGUUACUUGUUGCGGGGAAAUUUGAUGUAUGUGUCACUAGUUUUGAAAUGGCCAUCAAAGAGAAGUCGUCGUUACGCCGCUUUAGCUGGCGCUAUAUUAUAAUUGAUGAAGCUCAUCGAAUCAAGAAUGAGAAUUCACUUCUUUCAAAAACAAUGAGACUUUACAGUACUAAUUACCGGCUUCUUAUCACUGGUACACCACUUCAGAAUAAUCUUCAUGAGCUCUGGUCUCUUCUGAACUUUCUACUGCCAGAGAUUUUUAGCUCAGCUGAAACUUUCGACGAAUGGUUCCAAAUUUCUGGUGAUAAUGACCAGCAGGAGGUUGUUCAACAGCUUCACAAGGUCCUCCGACCAUUCCUCCUCCGAAGGCUGAAGUCAGAUGUUGAGAAAGGUUUGCCUCCCAAGAAGGAAACAAUACUUAAAGUUGGUAUGUCCCAAAUGCAGAAGCAGUAUUAUAGGGCUCUAUUGCAGAAAGAUCUUGAAGUUGUGAAUGCUGGUGGGGAGCGCAAACGUCUUCUGAAUAUAGCAAUGCAGCUGCGCAAAUGUUGUAAUCACCCAUAUCUUUUCCAAGGGGCUGAACCUGGUCCUCCCUAUACUACAGGAGACCAUCUUAUCGAGAAUGCUGGCAAAAUGGUUCUUUUGGAUAAGUUGCUGCCAAAACUAAAGGAGCGUGAUUCAAGGGUCCUAAUAUUUUCACAGAUGACAAGACUGCUAGACAUUCUUGAAGAUUACUUAAUGUUCCGUGGAUACCUAUAUUGCCGGAUAGAUGGAAAUACUGGUGGUGAUGAUCGUGAUGCUUCCAUUGAUGCCUUUAAUAAGCCUGGAAGUGAGAAAUUUGUCUUUUUACUAUCAACUAGAGCUGGAGGCCUCGGAAUCAAUCUUGCUACUGCAGAUGUUGUCAUUCUUUAUGACAGUGACUGGAACCCACAAGUUGAUUUACAGGCUCAGGACCGUGCUCAUAGAAUUGGGCAGAAGAAAGAAGUCCAAGUGUUCCGAUUCUGCACUGAGUAUACUAUUGAAGAGAAAGUGAUUGAGAGGGCUUACAAAAAGCUUGCACUGGAUGCAUUGGUUAUCCAACAAGGGCGACUUGCAGAGCAAAAGACUGUUAAUAAAGAUGAGUUGCUGCAAAUGGUGAGAUUUGGUGCUGAGAUGGUUUUCAGUUCCAAGGAUAGCACAAUCACUGAUGAAGAUAUCGAUAGGAUCAUUGCUAAAGGAGAAGAGGCGACAGCCGAGCUUGAUGCUAAGAUGAAGAAAUUUACAGAGGAUGCCAUCAAAUUCAAAAUGGACGAUACUGCUGAUUUGUAUGAUUUUGAUGAUGAAAAGGAUGAGAACAAGUUUGAUUUCAAGAAAAUUGUCAGUGAAAAUUGGAUUGAGCCACCAAAAAGGGAGCGGAAGCGCAAUUACUCUGAAUCCGAAUACUUCAAGCAAACAAUGCGCCAAAGUGGUCCAGCAAGACCAAAAGAGCCUCGAAUUCCUCGCAUGCCUCAGCUGCAUGACUUUCAGUUCUUCAACACACAAAGGCUCAGUGAGCUCUAUGAAAAAGAAGUGCGCUAUCUAAUGCAAACACAUCAAAAGAAUCAGUUGAAAGACACAAUAGAUGUGGAUGAACCUGAAGAGUUGGGAGAUCCUUUGACUGCUGAAGAGCAGGAAGAAAAAGAGCGUCUAUUGGAGGAGGGAUUUUCAACAUGGAGCAGAAGAGACUUCAAUACUUUUAUUAGGGCUUGUGAGAAGUAUGGUCGAAAUGAUGUGAAAAGUAUUGCAUUUGAAAUGGAAGGAAAAUCAGAGGAGGAAGUUGAAAGAUAUGCAAAAGUUUUCAAAGAAAGAUACAAGGAAUUAAAUGAUUAUGAUAGAAUUAUCAAGAAUAUUGAGAGAGGAGAAGCUAGAAUUUCUCGGAAAGAUGAGAUCAUGAAAGCAAUUGGGAAGAAAUUGGAUCGUUACAAGAAUCCAUGGCUGGAAUUGAAGAUUCAGUAUGGUCAGAACAAAGGAAAGUUGUACAAUGAAGAAUGCGAUCGCUUCAUGAUAUGCAUGGUUCACAAACUUGGGUAUGGGAACUGGGAUGAGCUGAAGGCAGCUUUUCGCACGUCACCAUUGUUCCGAUUUGAUUGGUUUGUGAAGUCACGCACCACUCAAGAACUUGCAAGGAGAUGUGAUACACUCAUCCGGUUGGUGGAGAGGGAAAACCAAGAAUUUGAUGAAAGGGAGAGACAGGCUCGUAAAGAGAAGAAACUUGCCAAGCAAAACACAACGCCAUCCAAACGUGCCUUGGCCAGGCAGGCAGCUGAGAGCCCCCCUCCCCCUUCUAAUUUGAAGAAGCGGAAGCAAUUACUAAUGGAUGAUUAUGUGAGCUCGGGAAAGAGGAGAAAAUGAUGCUGAAAUACAAUUUCACUAUCUAUUUUUGUUGAAACCUAUGGUAAGUAUGACUGUACGGAGGUGCCCUGGUGUUUGCAUCUCUAGAUGCCACCACAUUUGCCUUCUGUUUUUGGGAUAUGUGUCCAGAAGUCUUGGCAGGAAAGGGCAAUAGAUUUACAUUAUAGAUUAGCUUUAAAAAGUUGUAGAAAUGAAAUAUACAGCCUACUUUGAUUGCGUUAAGUAACAUGAGAAGGGCUAUGACAAGAUGAUCUUGUCUGAAGGCCCGGUUGCAUAUGUUUCCAGAUGCCAGGUUUACUUUGAAUACCAUCGAUUUGCUUGUUAGAAUUCUCACAUCCAAGCCAAGAAGAUAUGAGAAAGAUGUUUGGUGUGCUGUGUUUGGCUUUGUCAAAUGGGUAAUAAUUGCAAAUAAGAACAAAUUUGCUUGCGUGAAAAAGAUGUUUGCGACUUACGAGCACAUUGUUGAAUAUAAC